AUGUCCAACAGCAGCUCCAUCACCCAGUUCGUUCUCCUGGCAUUUGCAGACACACAGGAGCUGCAGCUCUUGCACUUCUGGCUCUUCCUGGGCAUCUACCUGGCUGCCCUCCUGGGCAACGGCCUCAUCAUCACUGCCAUCGCCUGUGACCACCGCCUCCACACCCCCAUGUACUUCUUCUUCCUCAAACUCUCUGUUCUUGACCUGGGCUCUAUAUCUGCCACUGUCCCUAAAUCCAUGGCCAAUUCCCUGUGGGACACCAGAACGAUCUCCUACGCAGGAUGUGCUACACAAGUCUUCUUUUUCAUUUUCUGUGCUACAGUAGAGUUUUCUCUUCUCACUGUCAUGUCCUAUGACCGGUAUGUGGCCAUCUGCAAACCCCUGCACUACGGGACCCUCCUGGGCAGCAGAGCGUGUGUCCACAUGGCAGCAGCUGCCUGGGGCACUGGGUUUCUCAAUGCUCUCCUGCACACAGCCGAUACAUUUUCACUGCCCCUCUGCCAGGGCAAUGUCCUGGACCAGUUCUUCUGUGAAGUCCCCCAGAUCCUCAAGCUCUCCUGCUCAGACUCAGACUAUUUCAGGGAAGUUGGGCUUCUUGUGGUUAGCUGUUGUUUAGUGUUUAUUUGCUUUGUUUUCAUUGUGGUGUCCUAUGUGCAGAUCUUCAGUGUUGUGCUGAGGAUCCCCUCGGAGCAGGGGCGGCAGAAAGCCUUUUCCACGUGCCUCCCUCACCUGGCUGUGGUCUCCCUCUUUGUCACCACUGCCAUCUUUGCCUACCUGAAGCCCCCCUCCAUCUCCUCCCCCAUUCUAGACCUGGUGAUGGCUGUGCUCUAUUCAGUGGUGCCUCCAUCAGUUAAUCCCCUCAUCUACAGCAUGAGGAACAAGGAUGUGAAAGAUGCAGUUUGGAAAUUGAUGACCAGAUGA